AUGGGUCUCUUCGACGAAGAACGUAUCCGGCAGAUUGCCAUUAGUGCACCAAUUGCUCUCGUAGCAUACUUCGUCCUCCUCGCCAUAUACCGCAUAACCCUCCAUCCUCUCGCCAAAUACCCCGGUCCCCUCCUCUGGUGCAUCUCCCCAAUCCCAUCAUGUAUUUCUCUUCUCCGUGGGCGCAUAUCCUUCGACUACAAAGUCAUUCAUGACAAGUACGGGCCUGUUGUCCGUGUUAUGCCGAAUGAGCUCUCCUUCAACACCGCAAAGGCCUGGGAUGAUAUUUACGGACACCGUAUUGGCCUCCCUAACAUGGACAAAGACCCUAUUCAUGUUGGAGCUGUGGAAGCCAUUCCCGGGGCAACUAACUUGACAAUGGCGCCCGAUGCCCAUCAUGCAAGGCAGAGACGUGCGUUGGCUCAUGCGUUUAGUAAGCAAGCGUUGCUGGAGCAGGAGCCGAUUCUGAAGGGGUAUGUGGACUUGUUUGUGAAGAGGUUGAGGGAGAUGGCGCAUAGAGGCGAGGCGGCAAACAUGGUGUCGUGGUUCAAUUUUUGCACGUUUGAUAUCAUUGGUGAUUUGAGCUUUGGAGAGCCAUUUGGGUGUUUGGAGGAGGGUGAAGGUGGAGAAUCCGCAAAUUGGGUCGUUCUCAUCUAUGAGUCUAUCAAAGCUGGUGCGCUCGAACAAGCGACACGACGAUUCGCUACUCCAGGAUCGUGGACACAGCUAUUUCUCUUGUGGUGCAUCCCUUCCGUUAUCCGCGAGCGCCGCUUCAAGCAUUUGCGAAAUUCGACCGAGAAGACUAUUCGAAGAAUGAAUACCAAAACUGAGCAUAGGGACUUUAUUUGGUAUAUCCUUAAGCAACGAGAGAAGAAGAACGAGGUCUCGGAUGACGAAGUUAUCAUGAAUGCUGCGCUGUUCAUUGUUGCCGGGAGCGAGACUACCGCUACUGAGCUUUGCGGUCUAACGAACUACCUCCUCCGUAACCCAGUCACCUUCAAGAAGCUCAAAGAUGAGCUUCGUGGUGCGUGCAAAAGCGAGGCAGACUUGAACAUGGACAUUCUAGGGAACCUCCCCUAUAUGAAUGCUUGCAUCGAAGAAGGCCUGCGAAUAUUCCCGCCCGUCCCCAUCGGCCUUUUGCGAACAGUGCCAAAGGAAGGAUCAUUAAUCGAUGGACACAGGGUUCCAGGAAACUACUCCGUAUGUGUAUCUUCCUGGGGUGCCGCACACUCAUCCGACAACUUCACGGACCCUGACGCCUUUAUCCCCGAGCGCUGGCUGGAUGAACCUACCUCCAAAGCCCGCUACAGCAACGAUAUCAAGAAAGCCGCGCAGCCUUUCUCAACAGGUCCCCGUGGCUGCAUUGGUCGUAAUUUGACUUACGUCGAGCUGAGACUUAUCCUGGGUGCGCUGCUGUGGAAUUUCGACCUCGAGUUGGCGGAUGGGGCACCUCUUUGGAAUCCGAAGGAUGAAUUUAAGGGGCUGAGGGCGUAUAAUACUUGGGAGAAGAGCCCGUUGAGGGUGAAGUUGACGGAUAUUAGGAAAACACCUUCGUGA